UGAAACAUAAUCUUCUAUUUUCUUCCAUUCCAAAGCUUCUAGAUUUUGCCAAGUUUCAAUUUCAGUGACAUGGCGGAGAUAAUUAAUGAAGCAAAAUCAGAGGCAAUAAAACUUUCGGUCACAGGUCCAAAAAUUGAAGAAGCUGAAAAUUUAACACAGGAAAAAUCAGAAAAUGUGGAUUUAUGUCACAAUAACAAUGAUCCAUCUACAAAGCUCGAGGAGGACGUUAUCAAGAAAAAGUAUGGCGGCUUAUUACCAAAAAGGCCUCCUCUAAUCUCCAAGGACAAUGAACGGGCUUUCUUUGAUUCAGCUGAUUGGGCUUUAGGAAAGGUUGGGGCACCAAAGAACAGAGGACCUCUGGAGGCACUUCGCCCUAAACUAGAGCCCACAAAACAUGAACAAGUGCGCUCACGAUCGGCAUAUGCACCUACAGAUGAUGGCCAAGAUGUUUGCAUGAUUUCGGAAGAAAACCAGAACAGUAAAUCAAACGGCAAUGAUGAAAUCAACAGCGAUCGGUCCACAGAGAAUCAGAUCAAUUUCCAAAAUUGAUUUAUCAUACGAUUUUAAAACACGUAUUUAACUGGUUUUUGAUAUCAAGCUCAAUUGAAGGAAAUAGACUUUUUGGAGUAUUUGUGGCCUGAAGAUUCUUCUUAAAUUAACUUUUUUGUAGGCCUAUUUACA